CCUUACAAACCGCCUAAAACCAUACCAAAUCUGCAAAUCUCAAAAUCAAUUUCUGAAAAAUUACUAUGUCAAGAAUGAUGCGUUCGGAUCGAAAACCACCGCUAGCGUUGCGAUCUCCGAUUAGGCUUCGUCCCCGUCCCCCUCUUCAUUCAAAAAGCCUAAAUAGUAUUCAAACCCCAUCAUCAGGUUAUUUGACAAAGUCCUGUAUGCGCAAACGGUCUUCCAACUUGGAAGAAACUGAACUCCGUCCUGAAUACCAAACGAUAUCUUGCGAGUUAAAAGCUUUAUCAAAGAUGGUUCAAGAUAACCUGAGUGGAUCCGCCACUACAAAUCAAUCUGCAAAUGCUCAUAAUGGGAAUCUUAUGUUCGAAAGGGGCAGGUUGUAUUAUGAGUAUUCGGCUAGAAGGAAUGAAAGGCUGAAAAGGAAGAGAGGAGACUAUGAUGCUGAGAAAAAGACUCCAUCCAAACAGUAUCUUGGGGUUAGAGUCGAGUCAGCAAAAAAAGCGACAAGGGAAGUCAGAAAAUACGAGAGUGCAAGGAAGAUGGCGACGCCGAUGGUGGAGAGAAGAGAGGUGGUGGCGUCAGCGACUACACAGAGGUAUUCGUUGAGAAGUAGCAUGAAAGAAAACAAGAAACCACCGUUGGCUACGAGUUUUGAAAGAACAGUGGAUGCAACUGUGGGAAGAAAAACUACGGUUAGAAGGACUGCAAGAAAAGGAUACUAGCUGCAGCCAUUUCGUACCUUCUUAUUAGUAUUAGUAUUACCGGUACGGGUUAUGAUCAUAGAUACAGGCCAUGUUACUGGGUAUGUGUUUGAAGUGAUGGUUAAUAUUUGAGUGCAUCUUUGGUGCCUGUUAGUGAAAGUUGCAAUCAAUUGGAUUUAUGUUGGUUGCUAAGAACUUAUGGUGUAGUUCUUUGUUUUUGAUAUAUUUGAAGUAAAAUGAAUUAAGUUCUUCUA